AUGAUGUUCAGCGGAAACACAAAGACACGGCAGAGGAUGGGCGCAGCCGGGAAUCCUGGAGCAAAUCGCACCCAUGUGCAGCAGAGGCGUGCCCCCAGACUGGUUGUGCAGGCCCACUGGCUUCGUGCAAAAAGCGCGCCGAGACUUGUGCGCCGCCGUUUGGCCUGUUUGCGCUUGCCCCGCGCUGAUUGGCCACCGCCGCUCCUUCCAGAACUGACCGCCACGCCACUUUGGGUUUCUUCACCAAUUUGCGCAGAGCUCUGGACGACCUGUUGUGGCACGAAUAUCGAGCGCAGAAACACCGUUCCGCUCAGCCAAUACACCGGUGCCUGUUAUACAGCAGCGAGACGUGCUCUUGUGUGCCCGCCGACCGCGCCAGCGCCUCUGCUGAAUAUUGACUCCAGACGGCAACCGCCUGUGUGGGACGAGGACUUGUUUCCGUAUCCUCCACGCCAGCCAGCAGCCAUGGAAGCUGAGAUCAGAACCCAGAUCCCUAGCAUUGAUCCCGUCUUGUCGGAGUACUCGGUGGGGUACUUGACCCAUGCGGCCAACUCAUUCUCUUCCGACUCGGAUCCCAAUGCCCCUUCCCCGCUCGAGGAAGCAGCCGCUACUGUAGCCGCCCUGCUACUCUCUGCUUCUGGCAAUUUGUCAGAAGACAAUGAGACGGCCAUCACGAAUCUCGUGAACAAAUUCAUCUCACGCCUCAAUGCGGCAAACGGCACCGAUGGCGAACGCCGUCAAGUGGCCCCCUCGGCCAGGAAGCUUGACCAGGCCGUCCACGUGGGCUCCUCAAAGAACAUGUCCGCGACUCUUGGUCUUUCCGGCGGCACUGUUGAUCUUGAGUCAGCCAACACUCGUAAGGUAGAAUCCAGGGUGGACCGGAAGAAACUGGAGAAAGCCGAGCGUAAACUGCGUGCCAAGCAAGACCGUAAAGAGUUCAAAAACGUCGAGUAUGAGGCUUCCAAACUGCUCGACGUGCCCAAUGAGGCACAGAGCUAUGAAGAAUUCUACAUGGCUGUUAAUCCCCUACAAGCGGGCAAUGAUUCCGCCAACAAGAGCAAGGACAUUAAAAUUGAUAGCUUUGAUGUCUCCAUGCCUGGCCUGCGUAUCCUGACCGAUGCGUCUCUGACACUGGCUUACGGCCGAAGAUAUGGUUUGGUCGGUCAGAACGGUAUCGGUAAAUCUACGUUGCUUCGAGCCCUUGCUCGACGUGAAGUCUCGAUUCCGACACAUAUCUCCAUUCUUCACGUAGAGCAAGAAAUCACCGGUGACGACACUCCUGCCCUUCAAGCUGUCUUGGAUGCGGAUGUUUGGCGAAAGCAUCUUCUCAGGGAGCAGGAGAAAAUCACCAAAGAACUUAACGAACUGGAAGCUGAGCGUGCCUCCAUGGCAGACACGUCUGCAGAUGCCGAAAGACUUGACAAACAGCGUGAGGGCCUCGAUACUACUCUCAGCGAUGUCCACUCCAAGCUUGCAGAGAUGGAAUCUGACAAAGCAGAAUCCAGAGCUGCAAGUAUCCUGGCAGGUCUCGGGUUCUCAACCGAACGUCAACAGUAUGCGACAAGGACUUUCUCCGGAGGAUGGAGAAUGCGAUUGGCUCUGGCCCGAGCUUUGUUUUGCGAGCCAGACCUCUUACUUCUCGAUGAGCCGUCGAACAUGUUGGACGUUCCAUCUAUCACCUUCUUGGCAAACUACCUCCAAGACUACCCCAGCACUGUUCUUGUUGUAUCUCACGACAGAGCCUUCCUCAACGAGGUUGCCACAGAUAUCAUCCACCAGCACUCUGAGCGACUCGACUACUACAAGGGCGGUAACUUCGAUUCCUUCUAUGCCACCAAAGAGGAGCGACGCAAGACUGCGAAGCGCGAGUACGAGAAACAAAUGGCAGAGCGUGCGCACUUGCAAGCUUUCAUCGACAAGUUCAGGUACAAUGCUGCCAAGUCUUCGGAGGCUCAAUCCAGAAUCAAGAAGCUGGAGCGUAUGCCAGUCCUGCAGGCACCCGAGGCGGAGUACACAGUCCACUUCAAGUUCCCCGAGGUGGAGAAGAUGUCACCUCCUAUCAUCCAGAUGAGUGGCGUCUCGUUCGGCUACAGCAAGGAUAACAUCUUGCUGAAGAAUGUCGAUCUUGAUGUGCAGCUCGACUCACGUAUUGGUAUCGUUGGUCCCAACGGUGCUGGUAAGACGACAGCCCUGAAGCUACUGAUCGGUGCCCUGCAGCCUACCACUGGUUUGAUAUCGCAGAACCCUCGACUUCGAGUAGGUUUCUUCGCCCAGCACCACGUUGAUGCUCUGGACUUGAACAACAGUGCUGUGGGAUUCAUGGCCAAGCAGUACCCUGGCAAGCCGGACGAGGAGUACCGUCGUCACCUGGGCGCUUUCGGUAUCACCGGUAUGACAGGUCUUCAGAAGAUGGAGCUGCUAUCUGGAGGACAGAAAUCGCGUGUUGCUUUUGCCUGCCUUGCUUUGACCAACCCGCACAUCCUUGUUCUGGACGAGCCCUCGAACCAUUUGGACAUUGAAGCUAUGGAUGCUCUGUCAGAAGCCCUGCAGAAAUUCCAGGGUGGUGUCCUGAUGGUUAGUCACGAUGUCACGAUGCUGCAGAACGUAUGCACAAGCCUGUGGGUGUGCGAUGGUGGUACCGUUGAGCACUUCGACGGUUCGGUACAGGCGUACAAGCGCAGAAUCACAGCACAGGCCAACGCGGCUGGUGUUGUAGCGAAGCACUGA